CACAAUUCAGUGGAAUACACAGGGAAGCAAAGCAGAGAUUAAAGGAAGAAUGAAUGAAAGGGAACGCUUGGAGAAAUGGAAAGACCAGAUAGGAAAGGAACUGGACAGGGUAAUGAUGUUUUGGACACAGCACUCACUGGACAAGGAUUAUGGUGGGUUUUUCACAUGUCUGGCUCAGGACGGAACGGUUUAUGAUGACCUCAAGUACAUCUGGCUGCAGGGAAGGCAGGUUUGGAUGUACUGCCGCUUGUAUAGGAAAUUGCCCCGAUUUCACCAGCAGGAGAUACUUAGCGCUGCUAUAGCAGGUGGUGAGUUCCUAUUGGCUUAUGCUUGCCCCAGUGCUGAUUCCCUCAAAUGUGCCUUUGUGGUGACAAGGAAUGGGCAAGCGGUGAAAAUUCAGCGAACCAUCUUUAGUGAGUGUUUCUAUGUUAUGGCCAUGGAUGAACUCUGGAGAACGACUCACGAGGAGCGGUACAAGAAAGCAGCAGAAAAGAUGAUGGAUCAGAUUGUUCAUUGGGUGAGAGAGGAUCCAUCCGGAUUGGGGAAAGCAGAGUUGCCUGGUGCUGCUCCACUGAAUGCCAUGGCGGUGCCAAUGAUGCUACUGAACUUGGUGGAUCAACUAUGUGAGGGGGAUGAAGACAUGGCCAAAAAAUAUGAAGAAGUAGGAAAAUGGAGUGUGGAGAAGAUCAUGCAGCAUCUCCAGCGAGAUGGAAAAGCCAUUCUAGAAAAUGUAUCUGAUCAGGGACAAGAGCUUCCUGGCUGCCUUGGGAGACAUCAGAACCCAGGUCAUGCAAUUGAAGCAGGUUGGUUUCUGCUGCGCCAUGCCAUUGCUCACUCUGACCAUAGCUUGGCACAAACAUCAGUGGAAAAAUUUAUGCUGCUUCCUUUUCUCUCGGGGUGGGACCAGGAGUAUGGGGGGCUCUUCUCCUUUCAAGAUGUUGAUGGACACUGCCCUACACAGCUGGAGUGGAACAUGAAGCUGUGGUGGCCCCACACGGAAGCGCUCAUUGCAUUUCUUCUGGCCUACCAAAAGACUAGAGACCAACGGCUCUUAGAGCACUUUGAAAAAAUCUGCGACUAUGUGUUCAGGCGGUUUUCAGACCCAGAACAGGGGGAAUGGUUUGGUUACCUGAACAGAGAAGGAAAUGUGGCCCUUACCAUCAAAGGUGGGCCAUUUAAAGGAUGUUUUCAUGUUCCAAGGUGCCUCUAUAUGUGUGAGGAGAUUCUCUCCCAGCUUCUGGCCACAAGUAACAAAAUCUGAAAUCUGAGGUUUACUGGGGAUUGCUUUAUAAAUUUAUAUGGCCAAUCCAGGAAUCCAUUCUGUUGCUAAUCCACUUCAUUCAUCAAUUAACAAGCUAAUCAGUUAAAAGAAAUCCUGUAUUAAUAAAAAUGUUCCUAACUGCACUAUAUUACUAUUAUUUUUAAUUAACGGUUUAAUUUACUGUUCACCAUAUAAUAAUUAUUAUAUUUUGUGUUAUAAAAUCUAAUGUAAAACUGUGUUUAGUCUUUGAUUCAAUACAUGUAUUUUUUAUAUUGAUGCUUCA